UGCUUGUUAAAUAAAAGCUGAAAAGAAGAAAACAAGAUCCACCUCGAACCUCUCUCCCCACCCAAUCACCACCGUCAAUACCUUCGUCACCACCACUACCUCCGCCACUACUCUUAUCUCUAUCCUCCUCUUUGUCUUUCUAUGUCUCGUCUAGUCAAAUUUCAGAGAGAAAGGAAGAUGCCCAUCUCGAAGAUUUUUUCUUUCUUUGGUCUUAAUUAGGACAGUAUAUUCAUCCUUAUCUGGUAUUUUGUUGGUGGGUUUUGUAUUGGGGCUGUAUUUAUUGGGUCUAUUACCCACAAAUCUCUGUACUCGACUCUCGGAGCUGAAGUGGGGUUUUGAGUCGAAUUUGUGAGAGAAGAUUUGAGGGGGGAAAAUGAGGGAAGAUGACGCGAAUUGGUUCUCAAGAUGGGAAGAGGAGCUCCCGUCACCUGAAGAGCUUAUGCCUCUCUCACAAACCCUAAUUACUCCUGAUCUUGCUCUUGCUUUUGAUAUCCGAAACCCUUCAAACACCAACUCACACCACCAGCAACAAUCACAGCCUCUUCCGCCUCCUCCGCAGUCGGGAGGGCUGCAAUCAACUCCUUCACAGCCCAACUCCGGGGAAUUCGCUGCCGAUUCUGCUGAGUUGGGGUCUGGGACUGGCGCCGGGGACGAGCCCGCUCGUACCCUUAAGAGGCCCCGGCUUGUGUGGACCCCACAGCUGCAUAAGCGCUUUGUGGAUGCUGUAGCGCAUUUGGGGAUCAAGAAUGCCGUUCCUAAAACAAUAAUGCAGCUUAUGAGUGUAGAUGGGCUUACGAGAGAGAACGUGGCGAGUCACUUGCAGAAAUACCGUCUGUAUUUGAAGCGGAUGCAGGGGUUAUCUACAGGCGGUGGUGCUGGUGGCAAUAAUUUAGGUGGAGGCGGUGCCGCUGGUUUGGCCUCGGCCGAUCCUGCUACUGACCAUUUGUUUGCAAGUUCUCCGGUGCCGCCUCACUUUUUGCACCCUGGUCGCCCUAAUUCGGACCAUUUCUUGCCGUUUGUACCUGUGGCAGCACUGCAGCACCAUCACCAUCAGCAACAUAUGGCAGCUGCGGUGGCGCAUCCACAGUUGCAGGCUCAGUACCAUAGGCAGAUGGGACAUUUUGGGUCUCCGCCCAAUGGACAAUUUGAGCAUCCCUUUUUGGCUAGGCAGACGCAGCAACAAUCAGUGCAUAGGAUGGGGGCACCAGUGCACAGUCAGGUUCCAGGAUAUGUGGAGGAUUUGGAGUCAGCCAAUGCAAAUGGAGGGAGGAAGGUCCUAACUCUGUUUCCAACCGGCGAAGACUGAGUUUGGGUAAUCUGUUGGCUACUCCUCCUUGGAACUACUCUUUUAUUCUUCUUUUAGUUUCGGCUUCUGGGUUUUUCUGGACCUGAUGUUUGGUGGUAUUGCUUAAAUUUAGAGUUUCGUUUUUGCUGCUGUCUUUCUGCUAGUUGUUGUUAGUCACCUUGGUGAUGGUACUUGGUAGGCAUCGAUUAAAUUCUCGAUUUCCAUUCCAGAUCCAAAGUUUGUCAUUGUGGUUCAGUUACCUGAAGAAUUGGUCAUUAUUGGUAUCGUCCAUUAUUGUGUCCUUCAAUUCUGUGGACUUCCGCCUUUGUAAUUAGAUUGUCUAUAGCAGUUGUUUGUUUCGGACAAGCUUCUAGUGAUGCAUCUCUCAGUCAUGAUGUCACUCUGAGGCAAGAAUGUUCCCAAGUGUCUAUGGCAUCAAGUACUAGAAUCUCGCAAUAUUGGGUCAAUCUGGAUUCCUCGGAGGCUAUGCUAUAUCCCACAAUAGGAUGGGAAUCGGCUUGUUUCUCUUACAUGUCUAAGAGUCUUCUUGUCAAGGAGGUUUACUGUUGUUGGUGUUGGUGGUGGAGUUGCUAGAUUAACAAACUAUGACGACUUUGAGCUCGCAGGUGAGGAUAAUAACAUGCUGGCAAAGGGAAUUGGUCUACCGUAGAUAUCGAAUACAGGGUUGGUUAUCCUUUGUUGGUACAUUCACAUCCAAUUUUAUUCUAAUGUCACUGGAGAGCUAUUCUCUUGUGUUUCUUAGUCCUUGUAAUGUAGAGGGGUGUUGUACCUGUUGUACAUUGUGUGACUCCAUAGAAGACUUAAGAUCCCAAUGCAAUGGGGAUUCACUGAAAUCCUGAUGUUGUUAGAAUGUCGAUUUUACUUUAAUGCAGUUUGAACCUGGAAGCAGCCGAAGUUUCUUAUUUACCCCUAAUUUUAUCUGUUGCUUUUGUUUUUUCUUCCUUUAAUAAAUUGUGUGGUUAUGUAAUUAAUUUUUUGAGAGAGGAGAAUCACACCUCGUGCAAGUUAUAAGGAGCAGGUCAUGAGUAGGCCAACUCUUACUCCUUUGUUACAUUUUUAAAUGAAAUGCCAUGUUGCAUUCUUGAA